CCGCACACACACACAUCUUGCCCUGAAUUUACCAGGAAACUAUACAACAUCAGGGACUCGAGAUCGAUACCAGACUUCUCGCGUCCAUCAUGGCAACGACACGCCUCCGCAAAACAUUCCACUAUCCAGACUCUUCAGACGACGAAGACACGGUAGAAGCCGGUCUAGACGCGCAAGACCAGGAAACGCUCCUCUCCACCCUUCAAACACGCGAUACGUCCUCCACCCGCAUCUACACGCUCCUCCUACUCAUCUUCCCCGCCUCCAUCACGCUACUCACACUGCCGGGACUCUUCAGCAUAUCGACGUUCUUGCCGAGUUUGCUUGCACUAGCGAGUCUCGCUGCGAGCGCAUACACACUAUAUUUCCUGCCCCUCCCACCACGCAGCGCAGGCAUAAUCGUUGACGGACAAAUAGCUUCUGCAGGAAAGGGCAAGGGGAGAGCAAUAGGCGGGUAUGGAUUGAAUACUAGCACGUCGAGUGCGCGGCAGGGGGAGAGGAAGGACGUGCCGUGGCUGUCGGACGAGGUUCAGGAGUUGCUGGCGCAGUACAUUGUCCCGGCUAAUGGGGUUGUAUGCGGACUACUGGUGCUGUUGGAGUUGAUCCAGGGCAGGGAGUGGAGAGAAGGUAUGAUGAUCGGGGGAGGGUAUUUGCCUGGGCUGGUGUUGACUGUUGUGCUGUGGGCGAGGAGGGAGUUGAGAGUAGUGGACAUGAGUGAGCUGCAGCAGCUACGGUCAUGAUUAAACCAUGAACUCAGUUGCAAUCAUUUUGAUCUCAUCUGAAGUGGCAUGUCUGUAAAGUGAACGGUACAUUGCAUAAGAAAGAUGACCUUGAAAGAGGUCUAGGUAUCGUGCGAAACGCCAUCAGCCCUUGCGGACAUCUUUGCACCCAAAUUUCAUCGCCGUCAGCUCUCUCCAGGAGCGAAGUGCGUGCGGACGAUUCUAUCGUCGUUGAUGCUCUCCUAAAGCAU